AAAUUUAAAGUUAUCCUCUACGGCAACAGGCCAAUCUCCAUUUCCCUUUCCAGAAUCCAGAAUCAUCUUCUGUCUAAAAAAUUAGAAAUCUCCACACUCAUUUUUCGUUCUGCGUUCUCUUUCCUAAUCGAAUGGCGAUCGGUGGCGAUGGCAAUAUACCCAAGAAGAAGCAGCGCGUGGGAAGCAACAGUCAGCUCUCCUCCACACGCGCCGUUAUCAAUUCUUCCUUCCCCGAUGAAACAUUAACUGAAGGCUCCAACAAAUCCCCCGCCCUCCGUCGCUCUUCCUCCUCCGUCCUUGGCGGUUCUGGUGGCUGUGGCGGAUUCAAUGACUCCGAUACUGCGGAUGUUAUACUCCGCCUCCAUCUUGAUCACCAUCGCUCCCCCUUCGACUCGUUUGUGACCUCUUCCGAUUCCGUCUCCUUUGACGAGUCUGAUGUGCAGAUCUAUCUCCACUCGCACAUCCUCCGCCGGGCUAAGUACUUUUCCGCUCUCCUCUCCGACCGAUGGCAACGACACAACGACGAUGAUUCUCCUCAAAUCCACCGCCUUAACCUUGGUGUCCCGCCGACGCCGGAUUCAAUCAACGACUACUUGGAAGUUCUUCGGCUUCUGUAUACUGAUGAUUUCUCGGCUUCGAUUACUAGUGUUGUGACUGCCCUUGCUUUACUCCCAAUCGCUCUCGAAUUACUCUUCGAGGAUUGCAUCAAAGCCUGCGUUAAAUUCCUCGAGGCCGUGCCGUGGUCAGAUGAUGAAGAGAAGAAAAUAUUGAAUUUGAUUCCAUUUUUAAGUCAUGAAGAAUCGAAAGAGCUCCUGACUAGGGUUUCCCCACUGAAACAUGACUCGUCUGAGGAAAUGCUUCAUGGCUUAAUCCUUUCUGCUAUUCAUAAUCAUCCAAACAUGGCUUUCGCGAAGGCCUUUGUUGCAAAAUUGUUGAGGGAUUUUUCGUCCAAAGAGUCUGUAAGGAGGGUUUUGGAUAAGGUAUUUGAAAAAAGCUUGAAGGUUGUGAAGGAAUCUUUGGAGGAGUACUCGAGUCCUAAUUUUAGAGGGGAUCAUAAUGAGACUGAGGCGAUUCAGAGGCUGAAUUUGCAUUCUGCUAUGACUAACGGGAAGCAUUUGCUGUGGCUGGUGGAGAGGAUGAUUGAGUUGAGAGUAGCUGAUAUGGCUGUCAAGUCGUGGAGUGAGCAGGCUUCAUUUACCGCUGAUUUGCAGAGGGCGUUUCGUGAUGAUGCAUGGAGGAAUAUUGCUCCGAGCCUUCCUGCUGUUGUGCUUCGUUGCACUAGCAGGCUUGCCAAUGCUGUUGCAACAGGGAACAUUUUGGCUGCUAGACAGGUCAGGAUGAAGCUGGUAAAAGACUGGCUCCCGGUUUUGAUUGUAUGCAAGGACAAUAUGUCACCUAUGUGCACGAAUCAUAAAUCACUUUAUCUGGAGUUGGAAGAAACAUUCUUGAGAAUUAUAUCUACGCUCCCGGUUGAAGAUGCAAAAGAGUUGUUGCAGCAAUGCCUCAGCUUUUCAACUCGAAAUGUUGAAGAUUGCCCACAUUUGGUCACUGCUUUUACCACUUGGUUCCGUCGUUCUAAUAGAUCCCCACCAGCAGACGACUUUCGUCAAUAAAUCCUUGGUAGCUCUUAUGGGUCACUAAGACCCAUGACCCCAGAGCCUACUAUUGAACUCUGUAUCUAAACUGAGUUUGUACAUGUACUUGAAAAAUUCUGUGAAUUCCCACAAUAACUGAUUACUGACUGUUGUUUUAAGUUUCAAAUGCUGUCCUGUCGAGAGGGUUCCUGAAGCCUUGGUGGAUAUAGUUUAUGUUUAUGCUGUAUAAAACUUGCAGGUUAUGUUGAUAAAUUUUUGUGUUCAAACA